AUGGGACCUACUUUCCCCCUAUUUCGACUACCCGAUAAUGUUAUCGUCCACGUGCUUGAAAACAUGUAUUUCUAUCAGCUAUUGAAUAUCUCUCUUGUCUCAACAAGAGCCAAAACUCUUGUUACAUCCACUUGCCUUGAAGCAGACCUCAUCAACAUCAAAAUUUAUCAUUUUAUAGACAUAGAAGUGCUCUUUCGAGAUACGACAAGAAUGUAUCUCUGCUUUUAUUAUGACGGCAAUGAUGAGAAUGCGGCACAACCCGUAGAUGAUCUAAAUAGGCUAUCGGCCGUAGAUAUUACUCUUCCAGUUGAUGCGUUUCUUCUAUGGGGAGAAACAGUUCAAUCAUCCACCCCAUUCAACUUCAUCGAUUGGAUGAAUCACAUUCGGACUAUAUUCUGCUUUGCCAAACCACCGAAUGUUUGUUUUCAUCAUGAAUGUGAGAGAUUUGAUGCUCAAUAUUUAAAAGAAGCAAUUGGAAAUGUCGAUGUUCUUCGUGUGGAUAGUGAAGUAACUCUUAUUUAUAGCAAGGACAUUUUGAAAUAUUUCAAUACACCCAACGAAUUAUUUCUGGAAAGGAAUCCACUUGAAGAAGUCUCAGAAACUCAAAAGAUCUUUAUUCAAAACUUCAAAAUGUUCGAAUUUGAUGAUGUAUAUUCAUUGGAUGAUCUGUUAAUGGUCAACAGUGAGAAAGUCAGAUUCCGUCAUCCAAUAUCUCAGAAACAAUUUAACCGAUUCGUCAAGCUUUGGAUCAAUGGAUCUAAUCAACGACAACAAUACAUGCUUUUAGCAAUCAACAAAAAAGAUUUUGUCAGUGGAGAAGUGUAUUUGAAAGGAAUCAAAUGCAUGGAAAUGAAAGAAGAGGCGAAAAAAGAGAUCCGUGAAAAACACAGACUCAUGAAAUCUGUCGAUAUGAUUAAGAUCAAACGGAAGGAUGGGACAAUUGCAGUGAUUGGGAUCAAAGAUUCAGGAGAUACUCUCUAUGUCCACUUCAUUGUGCAACACUAA